AGGGUACUGGCCCCACUUCUACUCUGCUGGCAGGGUGAAGGGAGGAGGAAACUCGCCCAGAUCCUGCAGUCCCUGUCAACUGCUUUGAGGGAGGUUUGGAGGUCUGUUCUCCCGUGUAGGUCGUGACUGAAAUUGUGGCAAGGAAAGGAGCAAACUGCCCAGGAACCUUACAGAUCGCUGUAAAGUUCUCCACUGCCACCUUUUGGUCUUUCCAUCUGCCCUUCUGCUGAACUGACAACUGAGCAUAAAGGAAGAAGGAAUUUACUUAACUUUGCUGCCAAAGAUGCAUCCUAAGAGACAUAAGGAACCUGAGAAACAUUGAAGACUAACACCCACCACCACCGCCCAUUUUGACUCUAGAGCCCUCGUCACUGGGACUGAGCAAGGUGACCGACCUGGCCUGCCUCAAGGCUUGCAGACACUGAAGUAUGAGUCGGGCUAGGGAGGUGGGUUGGAUGGCAGCAGGACUAAUGAUUGGGGCGGGUGCCUGCUAUUGCAUGUACAAACUGACCAUUGGAAGAGAGGACGAUGACCAGUCGGAGGAGGAUGAGGAGGAGGAAGAGGAGGAGGAGGAAGAGGAAGAGGAAGAAUGGGAUGAAGAUGAUGAAUCAGAAGAGGAUGAGUCCGAGAUGUGGUUUGAUUUCCCAUCUACAGCUCGGCCCUGGAGUGAUGAUGGGGAUUGGACUGAUCCCGGGGCUCCAGAUGGCAAUGAAGCCAGGAGAUCAGGUGGGGGCAAGGCCAACCGGGCACACCCAACACGACGCCGUCCAUUCCCCUAUGGACACAAAAAUGCUUGGGGGGCUCUAAGCUUUAAAAACACCAGCUGUACCCUUGACCUCUCCAAGAGUCCUCUCAUUGAGAUAAAAGUGUUGUUUUCUCAGCCCAAGGAUGCUGGCUUCUCACGUAGCCAGGAUAUCAGCAGUCCUCUGGCCAGCUUCUCCACUGCUGGGAACACGUUCCUCACUCCCAACCCCACUGUUGAGGAGAAGACUUUCUGUGUACCGGAGAAUGUGAACCUAAGUGCUGAAAAGCAGGGCCAGAUUAAGAUGUACAUCAGCCAAGUGUGCCUCGAGACUGUGUCUCGUGGCUACACCUCAUUUCUGCAGCAGGCAGGAUUAAAUUUGUUAAUAAGCAUGACAGCUAUUAGUCACAUGCUUGCCAAAUCCGUUUCAGACAUGAGGUUUCCUUUCCUAUCAGAGGAAAGUGGCUGUGCUAAGGCUCAGGUUCUGAAACAGCUAAUGAAUUUGUCUGAAACGCCAGCCUUGGCAGGGGAGUGGCUCGAGGCCCACGGGCUGCUGUCAUCCUUGCCCCUCUUUAUCAGAAAUGGAAACACGGAGAGUCUCCUGGAUGCCCUGGGCCCUUAAAUGGCCUUGUCUCAAGCAGAAAGUGACCAAAUCCAGCCAAAACCCGUUUGGUGAACCCAAGCGCACCUACCUGUGUUCUCAUCCAGGGGCUCUGCAUUGGGUGCUGUAGAAGGACCAGCCUUAGCUAAUCACCCCAUUCACUGGGUGGAAGUGACAGUUGCCAAAGCGGGGACCACACACUCUCACUGACCAGCAGAGGUUCCCCCAGAGCUUGGCGUCCCAGCCUGCAGGCAAUGUGCACUGCACACCCCUGCCUCGCAGCCUCCUCCUGGUGGGGAGGGGCUCCUCGCGGCUGCCAGCUGUGGGGAAAGAGCAUACUAGCACAGUGGCACAGAGCAGUGCGGUUGCCUGUGGUGCCCUCCCUGUUCAAGCUGGACUGGCCUGUGGAGACCGGACGCCUACCCGAGCUUGUGCUGCAAGUGUAUUUGUUGCUGUUCACAUAGAACUCUUUUGAAAUGUACUCUUUCUUCUUUGCGAGCUGACUAUUCAUCCAAAGCCUAGUCACACACCCCUUCUGUUGAUUGUAUUGACUUCACCCCACCCACCCACCCAAGCCAUCAUUUGUGUGUAUCAUCAAUAAAGUUGUGUGCUUUGUUUGGCACACAAAGAGAGA